UUGUCGCGUAUGUGGUCGUUGAACUAUCAAACGAAGACAUCUUGAUCGUUUUCGGGGUGCCUAUCAAAUCGAAAGUUAAGAAAUAGAUGAACACGAUAGAGUGUUUUCAUUUCGUCUAGACUUGAGCUGCACUAGAAUUUCGGGGCAGCAUGAACAUUUGAUACGACAAUGUCCGAAGCGAAUAUAUCUUUCCUAUACGAUUUCGAGUCGAAAGAGUUCUGUCUCCAAUUUCAGCGCCGAACCUAUGCUAAAGCCUACCAGGCCCUGAAUACGGAGGCACGAAUUCUUGCGGAAACGCCAUAUGAUGUCUGGCUUCCCUGUGCUCAAGGCUUGGUAUGUGUGCGAAGCUGUUCUCGUGGUAUGGCAGUGGUGUUCGAGUCACAGAGCGCCGCUGAAGAGUGGCAGAAGCAGACUAUUCUAGGUUCUUUGGUAAAAUUUGGCAAAGAGAUAGGGGUUUGCUUUGAGCGUGAUUGGAACUUAGUUGAUUUAAAGAACAAGAUUGGCAUUUGGGAUGAUAGCCUACCAAAACCGAAGCCAGCGCAUAUAAAAGUGGUUAAAGGACCACCUGCAGUUCAUAGACGGAGAAUUCGUGUCGAAACACAAAAUUAUUCAGGACCUCACCCAGGCUAAUGGUUAUAGGUAUUUUACAUGAGCGGAAAGGGGGGGGGGGGGUUAUUUGAUUUGGUUACAGUAAAGGUGUGGAUGUAAUUAGGUACAUACCUAAGGUACCUUAUCCGCAUCGUGGAGCCACCCUGCCGGGU